AUGCAGCAUGCGCCCGAAACAUUAUCACACUCGUACAACACGUACAAGAGACAAACGGCCCUCGUUCUGGACUGGCUGGCCGACACAUACAAUGCCCUUGGGGUAAAGGCCGCACUUGUUCCUGCGCAGACAGUUGCCGGGCUUAUCCGCAUGGCAGAGGCUUGUGUAGAUGCCAAUCGUAAGAUGCCGGCCCGGGUAGAGAUGGCCCUUCGACAGUCGAUCGAUCUUCGCCGCCGGUGCGCAGCCUGGUUCGAGAAGUCUGGAACGACGACUUCAACGAUCAAGCACGCCUACUUCAACUCAGCCCUUGAUGAGAUUUUGAUGCAGUUUGCAACUUCGCCCAACGAUAACGCGGUCCAUAAUACGCCCUCGAAGAAAACCACCCGAAACAUUUUCUCCGUCUUAGACGAUGAGGGAGUUGGUCUACUUGAUGAAGCUGUCGAGAAGGCUGCGUCGACGUUCUCUACUUCGAACGACGAAAUCAGCCCGCCAUGGGAACAGCUUCAAGAUUUACAGCUCCAAGAUGCAGAGAUGUCGGAAUUGAUGGAGACGUCUGAAGCCUACUUCAACUCGGCAUUAGUUGAAGUAUACUGUCUAUUCGAAGAUGCAAAUAAGCUACGGUAUUAUGCCCGAACUCUCUGGAAGCGAUACAUGAGUGGAGAGGUAGACUUGAUGUCUGUCUCUCUGCUCAUGCAGGCGGUAGUUACGGUCGUGAAGGACUUGAUAAAGGGAUACGAGACAACACGUCCUGACUGCCCAAACGAAUAUUUGGGACUGGCGGAAGUGGUUCAAUUCCAAGCAGCUUUGGGCAUAUUUCCUGUUGUGUAUGGCGAUACCGAUAAGGAACUGAAAGCCCAGGCCAAAGAGUUGGGGCAACGUUUCAAGGAUUCUUCAUGGCAGCCAUCAGCAGAAUUCCUUGAUUGGCGUUUCGACAGCACUUACCAAAUGCUCGUAAGCAAGUACCGCGCUCUGGAUAUUUCAGAAAAGAACAGAACGACGAAGCGCUUGCAGAAACUCGUCCCGCCGAUGUGGCCCAAGGCAGAGGGCCUCACGAUCCUGCGAAGACUCAUCAAAAUAAGCGACGACAUUGAGUCAAGGUCCGAAGAGAUGAUUGCAUAUGGAAUGCUGGAUCCCUUCACUGUAGCCUUGAAUUUCGACAACGAGGAUCACAGAAAGGGAAUUACAUUCGCCGAGGUGGUUGUAACUCGAGUCCUCCUUGACGUGUACGACUUGGAGGGACUCAUGGAAAAAGUCAGAAACGACAUCAAUCACUUAAAGAAGUAUUGCGAAAACAACAAUCAUUUCGAGAACUAUUCGGCGAGAGAGAAGCGCAGCGACCCUCGAUACGAGCCUUUUUGCAAAGAUCUCGCCGAAAUAUCGAGACCGACCUCGAAUCUCGAUGAAGCUCCAAAUCCCAUAUUUCUGGGCAGCUGUCUCUUCCGAGUGCUUGAAAUUCUUCGAUAUACUCAGGUCGAAAAGGAGAAUGAAGAGUGGAGCCUUCUGGCGAUGGCGCACCUCUACCACGCGCUGAAAAUCAUUGAUCAACAGCCCCCAGAAUGGAAGGAUAUGAACGUCUUGAUUCAAUUGCACGAGAAGGACAUUUUUGGAGGCGCAGCACCAGCUCAUUUCAACCAGUGCCUCACUCGAUUCUAUGUUGCAGAAGGCCUCAGAUUCAAUGAGGCCCAGGCAGGCGGCGAUCGUGAUGAAAAGGCAGAGAAACGAAGGCGUCCAGUCCAUACCAUGUCGUACAUUCUCAGCAAAAGGGGCUUGAAGGGUCAAGCAUACCACUCGGAGUCUUGUCGCAUGUUACCCGUCUGGUUCGCUCGAAGGAAUACGCCUGGCUUUCGGAGAGAGCUGCUGCCAGCACCUUUUCUCGAGAGCGUCAUGAUGGAAAUGAAGAGCCCUUACGAAGGCGUAUUUCUGGAGAGAUGCAAGGUUCUAGCCGAGGCGAUGCUUCAUGUCGCGAACGAGACGUCAGCUGACGUCUUAGCCCCCUUUGACGCUCUGGAACGGCGAAUAACGUCCGAAAUGUCAACAACUGUCUUCAAUUACCGCCAGCUCCGGAGACACGCGGAACGCAUUAUUCGUCCUAUAGAUUAUAAUGGUUUGGCUCUUCACCGCAGAAUCACCGUGAACUUGGGGCUUCCCUUGUCCCCGUACUGGAAAUUGUUGUCUUCGCGAAUUCGUAAAGAUGGCCAUCUAGAGGAGGUCACAACGUCAUGGGUUGAUCUGUGCAGCAAGACGGGUCUGAAACCUCGAAUCCAGAUCUCAGCCAUCGACAAAUAA